GGGGUAGGGUUAGGUUUAGGGGAUAGAAUAUAAAGUUUGUACAGUAUAAAAACCAUUAUGUCUAUGGAAAGUCCUCAUAAAACAUGGAAACACAACAUGUGUGUGUGUGUGUCUGUGUGUGUUCUGACCUGAAUUGGGUCGUGGGGUGGUCAGAGGACUGCCAUGUUCCCAGACCUCCCUGCAUUAUAAAUCAUCUCCAGAGAAGCAUCAAAUCUCUCGUGUUACAGCCGCACCUGCACUCAACACUGCUGUGUCACACACACAAAGACACGAGCAUUCUCCUGUUCUCUCCACUAUUAUUACUCAUCAAAAUCUGCCACUAAUGAGGUCACAAAGAAUGAAGGAAAAAAUCCAAACACACACACACACGUGUGUGGCUGCAGGUAUAUAAGUGUGAGAUGUCUGGCUAUCACAGAUUUUGUCACACUUUGCUCAGAGUGAGGAAGAAGAACAUGCUUCAUCUCUGGAACAUGGGUGUGAGGAGUGUUGUGGUGGUGCUUGUAUGUUUGUCUCUUGGUCAGUGUGCUUUAGUUCCCGAGUUUCGUGGGAUAUUGCCCAAUGAGAGCCUUCCGAUGGGGCCGGUGGCAGAGCCCGAUUUGUCCUACUGUCAGUUCUUUCUGGAAGCUGCAGUUCCGCCUACAGCAGAUCAGGUACCGUGGUACUGCAUCUGUUCUGCAUGCUCUGGAAAAAAAGGUCCGAAAGGAGAUAAAGGAGACCGCGGACUACCAGGAAGUUCUGGUAGUCCAGGUCCAAGAGGCCUCACAGGGUUUACUGGCCGUCCAGGGUUCACGGGACGUCCCGGCAUUAAGGGUGAGAAAGGUGAAUUUGGGGACCAGGGUGAAAUAGGUCCCAUUGGACGCCCAGGGCCGAAGGGAGACCGUGGGUAUAAAGGUGACAAGGGUGACACAGGUCAAUCCGGUGAUGUAGGUGAGCCGGGUCCAAAAGGAGAUGACGGCCAGUGCCCAGAAACCUGUGAGCCCAUACCAGGACCAACAGGUGAAGCAGGUCUUCCUGGCCCUGCAGGUGCAAGAGGGUUACCCGGGCUUAAUGGACAGCCUGGUCCAAAAGGGCUAAAGGGAGAUCCUGGCUUGGCGGGCGGGCCUGGUGUUCCAGGUGUACCUGGGCAAAAGGGUGACCUGGGUCCACAAGGCUUGUGCAACUGUCAUGAUGGAGCUCCAGGGACGCAGGGUCCUCAGGGGCUAAAGGGUGAAAAGGGAGACGUGGGUGUAACAGGGCCACAGGGUCCAGGGGGAGCCACGGGACCCAAAGGUUCUCAGGGCGAUAUAGGAUACACUGGUUUGCCUGGACCUUGUUCGCCCGCAGUGCAAUCCGCUUUCUCAGCCGCCCUAACCACCUCCUUUCCCCCACCCAAUCGUCCAGUACCAUUCAAACAUGUCAUCACCAACCUGCUUCAGAACUACAACCCUGAAAAUGGCGUCUAUACGGCCCCCAUUAAUGGAACCUAUGUGUUUAGUUACCACCUGCAAGUGUCCACACGUCCGCUGAAAGUCGGACUCUUCGUCAACUUUGAGCCGAUGGUGAAGACGACUACGCCAGUGGACCUGAACAUUGCCUCUCAGCAGGUGGUGCUGAACCUGAGCCAGGGCGACUGGGUGUGGCUGCAAGUGCGAGACAUCACCACUAAUGGUGCAUUCACCAACUCUGAGUCCAGCAGCACCUUCAGCGGGUAUCUGCUACACCCAGACAGAUGUGAUGACAUGGCUCCAAGAGAUUUCAAUCCGUUUGAAAUUAAUGGAGAUUAUAGCUGGGGAGAUAUAGAGGAACCCACCACAACUGCACCCUAAACUUAAACUCUACAUUGUAAACUUAACCUACUUUUUAACCUCCACCCAAACUCUAAACCUACACCCUACCUUCCAAACUUGUGCUCCAACCUUUAGCCUACACUUCUAAACUUAAACUCUAUAUGCUAUACAGUCUAAACUUGCAUUAAAUCUAGGGCUGUCAACCGAUUAAACGUUUUAAUCGAAUUAAUUGUGCCGAUUAAUCGAAUUAAUCUCAAUUAAUCGGAGAAGUGCUCCCAAAUAUUAUGCUAUAAUGAUUAGAAUUGAGCUCAUUCAAAUUCACUAUAUCACAUAUGUACUUGUGUGUCCGACAGAUGCUUUUGGAGUGUCUCACUUUGGUUGACACAUCUCCCGAGUCAUGAGCGCUGUGUUUUGAGGACGCCGUGUCAAGUUAAACGUAGUUUGAAACUUUGAAAAACGCUGCCUGUUGCUCUCACUGGUUUGACUAGGCAUGUUGCCUGUACACCGGGUGCGCUGACUGCCCCAUACUGCAACAAGGUCCCAGCAAACAGGGGAUGUUCGCCAACGUUUGCUUAGUGGUUAAUUUUGUAACGUUCAAGACAGGACGUUCCCAGGCCAAUUUGGAUGUUCGCUACAGGUCACAUUUUCAUCCAACCUUUUUUUGUUAGUUGGGGUAAGACUUAGCUUGGGCUACUUUGAUGGUAGGAACCAGGGCUGGACUGGGAAGAGAAAUCGUCCUGGGAUUUUACUUGGCAACUGGCCCAACUGUUGAGCUUGGGGGGGUGUUCGCUGUCCUUACCUGCAUAUCGCCACGCCGUUUGGUGUCCAUUCUGCAUAACGCGUUGGCUCAUUGUUGCUAAACUCGGCACGUUUCCCGGCCUAACCACCGGCCCGCUCGAUUCUCCCGAUGGACAUUCCGCCCCUGAUUGGCACCAAAAGUGCGUCGGCCCACCGGGAAAAUACCCAGUAUGCCAGAUUACCAGUCCAGCACUGGUAAGAACAUUCAUCGGGGGCAUGAUUAAUUGCAUACAUUACAUUUUCAUAUCAUUAAUCGCACUAAAUGAACUCGCUAAAACCGUCAGCCCUAGUUAAAAUGCUCAAACUACACUCUACAUUCUUACAUCUACACCCUAUAGGCUACACUCUAGACAUACUCCCUAAGCAUCAUCAUACUCCAAAGCAUCUUUCUUUGUCCCUAACAUUUUCAACCUGAACCCCAAACCUUUAACAAUGAACCCUAAGAGCCCAAGUGUUUUCUUGUAAUCUUCUGCAUUACAUGUAGCUUCAAUUGAAGACCUCUGUAUGUAUGCAUGUAGCUUGUGAACCUCAUCUGAAAGAAGUUUUUGCUUUCUCAUGUUUUCAAUGCAUUCGUUCUCCAGGUGUGUGUGUGUGUGUGGUGCAUGUCUUGUAACUCGAUUAACCCCACUGUGUCUCUAUCAAUUCGCAGUGAGGUAGAUCAGAUGAGCUCCCUUGACAGACACAUUUAGACGAACAAUUGUUAAGAUCAUAAAUUGACCAGCAAUGCACCAAUACAUGAGAAUGCGGAAAGAAGAACUGGGUGGGACGGUGCAUGUAUGAGUGUCUCAGAUGAGCGGACAGAAGAGGUGCUUGAAAGAGAGAGAAGUUUUUAACACCUGUUUAAUAGAGCGAGAGAUGUUCUCUGUAUUUGGGCUUAAAUCUUUGAUGUUUAAUGAUUAUUCCGACACGCUUCUCUGUCUCUCAGCAGUCAAAUGUGAUGACGAUUAACAUGACAAAAUAA